GCCAGGCGUGAUGUUGCACGUGGAGAUGUUGACGCUGGUGUUUCUGGUGCUCUGGAUGUGUGUGUUCAGCCAGGACCCAGGCUCCAAGGCCGUCGCCGACCGCUACGCCGUCUACUGGAACAGCAGCAACCCCAGAUUCCAGAGGGGUGACUACCACAUCGACGUCUGUAUCAAUGACUACCUGGAUGUUUUCUGCCCUCACUAUGAAGACUCGGUCCCAGAAGAUAAGACUGAGCGUUAUGUCCUCUACAUGGUGAACUUUGAUGGCUACAGUGCCUGCGACCAUACUUCCAAGGGGUUCAAGAGAUGGGAAUGUAACCGGCCUCACUCUCCAAAUGGACCACUGAAGUUCUCUGAAAAAUUCCAGCUCUUCACACCCUUUUCUCUAGGAUUUGAAUUCAGGCCAGGCCGGGAAUAUUUCUACAUCUCCUCUGCAAUCCCAGAUAAUGGAAGAAGGUCCUGUCUAAAGCUCAAAGUCUUUGUGAGACCAACAAAUAGCUGUAUGAAAACUAUAGGUGUUCAUGAUCGUGUUUUCGAUGUUAACGACAAAGUAGAAAAUUCAUUAGAACCAGCAGAUGACACCGUACAUGAGUCAGCCGAGCCAUCCCGCGGUGAGAACGCGGCACAAACACCAAGGAUACCCAGCCGCCUUUUGGCAAUCCUACUGUUCCUCCUGGCGAUGCUUUUGACGUUAUAGCACAGUCUCCUCCCGUCACCUGUCACAGAAAACAUCAGGGUCUUGGAACACCAGAGAUCCACCUAACUGCUCAUCCUAAGAAGGGACUUGUUAUUGGUUUUUUGGCAGAUGUCAGAUUUUUGUUUUCUUUCUUUCAGCCUGAAUUCUAAGCAACAACUUGGGGCCAGGAGGGGCUAAAGUAGUGGCUGCUCCCCUACCCCAUCCCACCCCUAGCCCUUGCCCUUGACUUUCUCUCACCCCUUCCAAGUUAAAUGGACUCCAGAUGAAAAUGCCAAAUUGUCACAGUGACACCAGUGGUCGUCAGCUCCUGUGCAUUCUCCUCUCAGAGCCCACCUCCGUUAGCGUCCUGUGUCAGCGGUAUACGGACAAGGAAGAAUAGUGGCAGAUGCAGCCAGGAACGGCAAGGCCCAGGAGGGUUGUGCUCUCCCAUACAAUAUUUAUGCCUUCUCAUUCAGGACUGUAAGCUGAUCGUGCGGGGCAUCGUGUCACCGUGUCGAGUCCAGAGGGGAGGUAUUAAGAAUAGAUAUAAUAUUACACCCUUUCCUCUAGGAGUACAUAAAUGAACAGGCUUCUAAAAGGUUGAGACACUGGGGGUUUUUUUGUUUUGUUUUAAGAUGACUGUCUUAAAGCAUUCUUGACGGCAAAACUUGUGCUCCAUGAAAGAAGCCUUUUUUUCUAGAAAGCAGGUCGGGUGCGGGAAUGCUAGCACAGAGCAAGUGUGAGAACAGAGAAAAUUAGGUUUGGUGGGGGUGUGUAUGUGUGAGUGCCUCUAAUUUUUUUGGUGACUGGGCAAUGCACACCAGAUUUUUUUUUUCCUUUGAAUACAGAUCACCAUGGUGCUACAAUUUUUUUUUUUUUUAAAGAAACUCAAAGAGGCAUUUUUAUGAAUAAAGUGACCUUCCCCAAGGCUGACAAGCCAGGGUUGAUGAGUGUAUAAUGGAAUAGCUUUGGAUACUCCUCUGGGGGACAAUAUGUACCAAGGAAAGGAGGUCAGUGGCCAGAGGAGAUGUGAUUUGGCUUUGCUGGAGCGCCAGUGUGCUGUGGCCUUUCCCCGACUCCCACCCUAGUACCCACGUUUUGCUCCACACUCCACAACUGCAGGGGCUCAGACACACACCCCUGUCACCAGGAGAGUCAGUCAGCACUACUUGGGAGGGCUAAAGGGAAAUUUGGAAUAAAAAUUCCAAAGUUUGGAAUAAAAAAAUUUCAAGUGUU